AUGCGUCUCGAGGAGCUCAAGGGGCAGGAGUGGCUCCGUGAGCCAUGCAUUCUGGGCGUAGACGAGGCCGGGAGAGGGCCGGUUCUCGGGCCCAUGGUGUACGGGGUGGCGUUCUGCCCCGUCGCAGACCUCGAGGCGCUCAAGAAGAAGGGGUUCGCGGACUCGAAGGCGCUGACUGAGGAGCGGAGAGACACGCUGUUCGAGGACCUGCUCAACGACCCCCGGCUCGGGUUCCUGGUCGACUCCCUGAGCGCCGCGACCAUCUCCGCGCAGAUGCUCGCGUUCGAGAAGAUCAGCCUGAACGUCAUCGCGAACGAGUCGACCUUCGGCCUCAUUCGCGCGUGCCUGGACGCGGGCGUGAACCUCACAGAGGUCUACGUGGACACCGUCGGCGCGGCGCAGAAGUACGAGGACAAGCUGUCGCAAAUGUUCUCCGGGAUCAAGUUCACGGUGCGGUCGAAGGCCGACGCGCUGUACCCGAUCGUCAGCGCCGCGUCCAUCGCCGCGAAAGUCACCAGGGACCGACAGAUCGCGAACUUCGCGUGGGAGGAGCGCUUCGAGGAGGGCUCUGCGCCGGACGGGAAGCUCGGGUCCGGGUACCCGUCGGACCCCGCCACCAAGGCCUGGCUGGCCAACAACGUAGACGCCGUGUUUGGUUUCCCCAACUUGGUGCGCUUCUCGUGGGCGACGUGCGCCAAGCUGCUGGAGGAGCGCGCCGUGCCCGUGGAGUUCGAGGCGGACGAGGACGACAAGGAGGCCGGGUGGGGCGGUGCGGGGGAGAGGCCGGCCAAACGCGCCCGGCUGCAGGCGUCGGGAUCGAUGCCGGGCGCGCGGCACUCGUUCUUCCGCGCGCGGGGGCUGCGGCGCGUCGUGGAGCUGUAG